ACAGGUGUGCGAUGCGACUGUCCCACUGACAGCUGGACUAUUCUUCGGAGUUAAUGUUUAGUUUGCAUUGUUUAUCAUUAGUGAUGUGGUGAUAUCUUGAAAUUUAGUACGUAUUCUGCAAAAAGGCUGGGGCAAGUUUUCAAUAUGGGGUUUUGAAUUACUGUAUAACAAGAACUUAUUAGAUAACAACAGUUGGUUAUGUUUUGAUUUAUCCAUACCGUACAUAAAAUAUUCUAUUCAUUUUAAUCUGUUUAAAUUAAAGGUUAAAUUGUCCUACCUGUAAAAUAAAACUAGACUUACAAUGUCUUGCCAAAUGAGUGCUUUUGGAUCUAUUGUUGAUUUAGAAGGUGUAAAGAAAUGUUUGUAUUUGGGGCAUUUAACAAGUGGAAAUCUUUCUUUAAAAAAUUCUCAGUCUCAAGAAAAAAAGACUGUAAACAAUGAAGAUGCAUGGGGCUGGUCGAUUGAGGAUGCUGAGAAACCCGUGGUAGUGUCGCACCCGAAUUGGUUGGAUGAGUGUGGGUUUUCUCUGUCCCCUACAGGAGAGCUGAUGGCACUCACCUACCGCCAGAACCUCGUUAUAUUAAUGUCCAAAUGGGACAGCAGUGAAGAGUCAAGCUCAAAAACCAAAUACCACAUGGUGUGGCAUGGUGACCCCUGUCAGGAACACAAUGAGCUGAUCACCUGCGUGUGUGCGCUGCCCCUGGCUGCUCCACAGACCCACAGAUCCUCACACUCUGUCCCAGAUUGGACCUGUAUUGCCCUCGGAUUCUCCAGUGGUGCCCUUCGGUUCUAUACUGAGAAAGGGGACCUGCUCUUCUCAGAAGUGCUGGAGGAGGGACCGGUAGUGAGUAUCAAGUGUCAGACCGUCAGUCCUUCACGUUACAGUGGUCAUCCAGAGCUAACGGAGGAGUUGCAUGUCACUUACCGCACUGUCGUCUGCUCAGUCUACGGGUUCGUGCUCGGCAACACACUGCGGGCCUGCAGGAACCAGCUGGCUCGAGUACAAGCCAACUGUAGUGACACCAUAGUAGCUCCACCUCUGUCACUGCACAAGUGGAGUCUCCCUGACCAGGACAACAUGUUGGACUGUGCAGUUGGGCUGCCUCAGUGUCCCUCUGCUUUUUCACACCUCCACAUCGCCUCUGUGUGUGGAGGGUUUGGGACCUGGUACCGCCCCUCUCCACCCCAGAGCUCUCUGGUGGUGGCAGCCGGAAACAAACCCUUUGUCGGCUUCCAUUACAUUGUAGAGGGUAGUAAUGCUCCCGUCCUCACAGAUGUUGUCAAGGCCGUUGGAACCAAGCUCAAAUCUGCACUGAACCAAGCUGUUCCAAGUUGGUUCCUUGGAGGACGUAAACCAAAUCCACCACCUGAAAAAGAAAAAGUUAUCAUCGAACCAGCGGAACCCAUGUCUUGCAGGUUCGGACUGUGUGACCUGUGGCGUCAGGGGACCUCGGUAACCAUGUCACCUCACCGCAACCUCUGUGUGGUCUCGGACUCGCUUGGCAGAGUUACGCUCAUCGACAACUCCACAGGGCUGGCUCUCAGGAUGUGGAAAGGUUAUCGGGAUGCACAGUGCGGCUGGUUGACAGCAGAGGAGGAACAGAGCAAAGGGCGCAAGAGGUUGGCCCUGUUCCUGGUCAUCUAUGCUCCCAAGAAGGGCAUUGUGGAGGUGUGGGCGAUGCAACAGGGUCCUAGAAUUGCUACCUUUACUGCCUCCAAGAACGGCAGAUUGUUCUACAUCGGCCACGGACUAUUAGGAGUCUCCAGUGUGGGUAACAGGAACCCCAAUCGAAGCGCAACUCCGUGUGUCUUUGUGGACGAAUGUGGUGUUCUGACUGAAAUUUCGAUACCAUUCCAUUGUGCAUUAAGUGACAAGAACAGCAAGCGUGCUCGUGAUAUUCACUUGGUGCGAAAGCUACGACAGCUUCUGAAGACUGGUGAUGGAGAACAGACAGCUGACAGUGUAACUACUCUGUGUCGAGAGCUACAGACCCACACAGUGCGAGCUCAGGCUCUGGAUCUGCUGACCUCCAGUCGCAGGGUGGCAGCCAACACUCUGCUGGAGGUGGUUGAGGGGUUUCUGCACACGUUGGAAUGUGUUGAUGACGAGAAUGUGGACACUGGAAAGAAAUCUCUCAUGCAACGAUGUGUAAAACUACAAAAACUAUUAAUUUUCUUCAUGUUUUGUUCUGGUCUUCAGCAGAAACCUCCUGAUUACGAUACUGUAAUGACAGCUGAUUCCAAUUCUGAUUUGGAUAACUUGAGUGAACUGCUGAGACUGAGCAAAGACGAAACCCUGCGGUUGGUGCAGCCUCCAGAGGACGGAAUGGAGAGGGUGCGCGUCAAGUUCCAGGAAGGGCUGGAGGGGCUACCAAGUUACUUGGCCGGUUUUCAGACCAAUGCAACAUCUGAUGACACCAUACACCUAGUGGACACGUCAGUCAACCAGAACCUUACACAUAUCAGUGAAGUGGUGUGUGGAGGAGUCCAAGGAAAUGUUGCAGACUGGACAAACGCUGCCGCUGAGAGUGGGAUAGACAGCCUAGCCCUGCUGCGGCUCUCCCUGAUCUCCUGGCUCUCUCGGCGCUCUCUCCCCUCUCUCGCUGACACUCUCACAUUCAGUCAGCUCGUAACUUCUGUCUGUAACAUUGCCGGAAACAGAGUGCAGGAGCCUGCGUGGUGGGGAGAGGUGAGGUCUAUGCUCAGAGAUAGUGUCAGCCCUCAUCUGGCCGUCGUAGCCGCGGCGGUCUGCAAGGCAGUGGCCCUCACAUUGGAGGAAACUGCAAUGAUGACUGCGAGUGCUGGCACAGACGACAGCGAAACAAAAUCCAGCGACUGGGAGAAGGUCACGCAGGAGUCUUGUACCUGGAGCCUGCUCAUCAGUCAACUCGAGGAUGUGGCCCUAAUCAGCUCUGUACUCAGGCACAAGCCAGUCUGCUCAAAAACACCAACUCUGUACUGCCUUCCAUAUGACCCACCUGAGCUGUCGCUUCAGAAUGUUUGCUCAAAAGGAAGAGGCUGUGUGUCGGAGUUGGUUGCACGAUGGGUAGCGAGCGGCGGUCUAGAACCAACACUUCUGUUGGAGACAUCACGCGUGUCCUCGUGCAGUCCGGAGAGUGAGCGUAGUGGCAGCGCUGGAGUGGGUGUGGUGGAGGGACAGACUCUCUCGGCUGAGUGCGGGGAGGAAGCAAGACCCACCAGUGAUGACCAGGUGCGGACCCUGGACAGACUGAGUGUACUGAGGAGGCAGUUCCCCUACAGCCUAGCGGACAGUGUCCUGCUAGCGAACAUUACCUGGGAGUAUAUCCUGGUGUGGAGCAAGCAAGUGGACCAGUUACAGACACUCCAGGCUGCUAUCACCUGCUUGCGAGUUAUACCCAGUCCUCAUCUCAAGCAUGGAGUCUGCUCAUUGAUGUGGACGAUGCACCUGAGGGCCCGGUUCGAGUCUACCAUACGCCUCAUAAACAAGGUGGGCAAGGUCCCCAAGGAGCGACUCUGCCGGCAAGACAUUGGCCUUUCUGAGCUCCAGAUCGCAGACUUCUUCAGCAUUUGCUCUGACUUCCUUGACAUUUUUAUGGAGAGCAGGGUACUGAGUGAGGAGUCACCCAAGGAGCCAGUACGCCACGAGGGACUGUGGGAGAGUAGUGCUGUGCCACCACUUCAACAGCUUGCUCUAGAGCAGACACCAUCCAACUAUGAUCUGCUACUCCUGCUGUCUCAGCAUCCACACAGCUCUUGGUAUAUUGUUGUUUACUUCUCUAGAGCAGGGGUACUGAGUGAGGAGUCACCCAAGGAGCCAGUACGCCACGAGGGACUGUGGGAGAGUAGUGCUGUGCCACCACUUCAACAGCUUGCUCUAGAGCAGACACCAUCCAACUAUGAUCUGCUACUCCUGCUGUCUCAGUGUGCCAGAGCUCUUCACCUCUUGGCUGUCUUCUCUCUAAGGACCACUCGCCCCCUCACUGUCUUUUUUGACUCAAUUGGACAGAGUGCACUGUUUGCUGAUGUGAGUGCUCACACCCAGCUUCCCAGUCACGUGGUGGACACAGCACUCACAGAGGCCAGAACUCAGUUCUUACUGCGGGCCGUCAGCGCCGCCACAGCCACAAUCACUCACCACGAUGGGGAGUACAAUAUGGCAGCUGCAAUUGAAUGGAUGAAGCAGUGUCUGCUACUAGCAGCUGACUGGUCGAUAUCGGCUGAUCCUCUCCGUCGACAGCAAUGCUACGAGUUGUACGCUCGUGGUUAUGACAGACUGGCAGAGGAGGUGCUUGUGUCGGUGAACAACACGUCAGCGUUAGGCUGUCAACUACUGACAGUGGCAGGACUGAGGUUGAGACUGUCCAUGUCAGAGUCUAACAUACAGCUGAAGGAGCAGAUAGCCCACAUGAGCCCUGCUCUCUCCACCUGGAUAUCCAACCUGAAUGAAGCACCAGUGGAGCCGGCUCAGCUGACUGACACCUUAGAGCUGGUUGUAGUGGUAUCAAGUCUCCUAGAAGAGAACAGUGAUAACAGAAGGUUGGCAACACUGCUGCUGGAUGCCUUAGCACACAUUGUUAACAGAGGUGGACAGAAUGAGAGAUGAGUCAGAGCUAUCCUGGAACUCCCUCUUCAUCAUUUUAAAAUUGGUGUUUUCACAAUCCUUAUCAAGAAAAGAUUACAUCAAGCUCUUUUUGGUGGAGCAUUAUUGCAGUUAUUUAUUUAGGAAAUUAUAACCUCAGUUCUUUGAUUGGUUUUCAUUACUGCACAUCUACAGGUUUGCAUCGGCUAAAAACAUCAACUAGGUAUAAUAUAUAUUGUGUGAUUAAUGCUCCUUUAUUUGUAAGUUAUAAAAUGUUUUACGGUUUUAAUGUUAGCUGUUUUGUGCAAUAGCAUGUGUGUUUCUUUGUCACUUUGAUAUUAUAUUUACAAUAUUUCCUACUUAUAUAUGGCUGUUGGGAUUCAUUGAAGCUAAUAAAUGUUCACUGUUCACAUUCAAUUCAGGAUAACGUAGCAUGUUUUAUCAGGACUUGAAAAAGUUUUUGUAAUUAUUACAUUUAUUAGAAAACUACACAAAAUAGUUAUCUUGGAGGAAUUGUUUUUAUUAAAGUCAGUAAUAUGAAAUAAAGAAGCUAAUCUUUGUGAAAUGGACAAGUUCAAAGUAAUGUCCCAAUAAAGUAAUAUUGUAAUGGACAAAUUUGUGUUAUAUGUAAAUUAUACUUUUUAAUUGUGUUUUUAAUUUGGUGAUAAAUUUUAAAUGAAAAUAGUUAUUAUUACAAUCUCUUAUUUUGUAAAUGUUCCAAAUUAUUGUAAUAAUUGAACAAAUUUUUGUUGCUCAUGCAUUAAAAAUACAAUAUUUUCAGUGAAAAUUUAUAAAAUUGCAUCUUGCCUUUAAGAGUUGGAAAACAUAUUAAAUAUAAAUAUAUAGUGACCUGAUAAUUCCCCUGACUUAUCUCCGCUUGACUGCUUUCUUUGAGAAUACCUCAGAGGUAAAGGUUAUCAAACUUGGUCUAAAUAUCUUAUCCAAACCACACUUAGUGUAGCACAAGAAACUCAAGAUAGUCGGCAUGCCCAAAAAAGCAGUAGCCAACUUUUAGAACUGCUUAGCAUGUUGUCAGAUAGCCAUAAGAAAACUUUUGAAAAACUAUAUUUGGACAAAGUGAGCAUUGUCUUGAGGCUAGGUUUUUCUUUGUCAAUUCAACUUUACUAUAUUUAAGACAUUUUGUAAAAUUUUGAACAACAAUUCCUUCCAGCUGGAUUCACCUUUUGGAGUCAGGUUUGUGGCAUUGUUUUCAGUACAACUAGAAGUUCAAAAUUAUAUACAACUCAAUAUAGAAGAUCAUGAAAGAUUUUCUUCUAACUCGUGUAAACAAAGGUGAUAUCUAAUCACAAACAAGAAAAAGAAAUUUCUAUAAUCACGUAUCUGUACUGGAUUAAAAAAAAAUUAUUUUUCUUAUUUUUAGUGUUUUGAAAAUAGUGUUAGUGAAGCCUACUAUUGUUUAGGAAAUAGGCAAAAUGUUCUCUUGUGUCUAUUUGUCCAUAAGAUAUCAAGUUUGAAUUGAGCUAAAGACUUAAUUUUCCAUGAAACUUCAAUUCCACAAAACCAA